AUGGAUCAAUCACAGCAUUUUGUAGCAAUGUACUUGCUGAUGUUGUCCCUCGGACUUAUAAUAGAAGAAGGGCUAUGCCAGCAUUAUUACCUCCUCCGUCCUAUUCCGAGUGACAGUUUGCCACUUGUGGAAUUAAAAGAGGACCCAGAUCCUGUCUUUGACCCAAAAGAGAGGGACCUCAAUGAAACCGAACUGAAAAGUGUAUUGGGGGACUUUGAUAGUCGCUUGAUGUCUAUUACACCACCACAGGAUAAAUACACUGGCAACGAUGAGCUUGACGAUUUGGACAUUCAACAGAAGCCCAGUGGAGUGAUGCCGAAUGAAAUCAAAGCAAUGGAUUUUGACGUACAGUUUGGCAAGAAGCACAGACCCAGUAAAAAACUUAAACGGAGGCUGCAGCAGUGGCUGUGGUCAUUCUCGUUCUGUCCCGUCAUUUAUACAUGGAACGACCUCGGCAACAGAUUUUGGCCACGUUAUGUUAGAGUGGGAAACUGUCAAAGCAAAAGAUCAUGUUCGGUUCCAGAGGGGAUGUUCUGCAAACCAGCAAACUCGACCCAUUUUACGAUAUUGAGAUGGCGAUGUAUACAGAAGAAAGGGGGCCUCAAAUGUACUUGGAUACCAGUUCAAUACCCCAUGAUAACCGAAUGCAAAUGCGUCUGCUCGAACUGA